CACAGAGGGCUUUUUUUAGACGAGGGGGAGGCAGGGUGUGGAUGACUUUGUACCUACCACGACUAUAUGGGCAAACAGUGGGAGACCAAAGCCUAGCCUGUCCAGACUCUCUAAAAAAACGUUCGUAAACAACGCCUCGGCACAGCGGUCCAGACAGGACUGUUUUUUAAAUUGAAUAGUAAAUGUGUUUUUCGGGGUUCGAAUAAAACAUUUACGAGGGACACUGAACGCAACCUUCAGAGUCGAGGUGCCACAGCGCGGCUAGGACACAGACUGCAUCAGACACAACAAGCCUCCAAUGAUACGACCUGGUGCCACCCUGAUCCAACCCUGACUGAGCACGUGCCUCUAACUGUCUGACAAGAAACAUGACGGCCAUCAACGCACCACGGGACAAAUAUAAUGCCGUAUGGAUCAUCUUCUUCAUCCUGGGCUUGGGAACCCUCUUGCCCUGGAAUUUCUUCAUGACGGCGACAAUGUACUUCACAAGUAGGCUGAAGGACGAAUUCGCUGACCCCUCCACCCAUCUGAUGACCAAUGAGACCUCGGAGGGCGCAGACACUCGCAGCGUGCUGGAGUCGAAGUUUAACAACGUGAUGACGCUGUGCGCCAUGGUGCCGCUGCUCAUCUUCACCUGCCUCAACUCCUUCCUUCACCAGAGGAUUCCUCAGAAGCUUCGCAUCAUCGGCAGUCUGGCGGCCAUCUUGGUGGUCUUCCUGCUGACGGCGGUGUUCGUCAAGGUGGACGUGUCUCCGCUGACCUUCUUCACCAUCACCAUGAUCAAAAUUAUCUGCAUCAACUCGUUCGGGGCGAUUCUCCAGGGCAGUCUAUUCGGCCUGGCGGGGAUCCUUCCGGCCUCCUACACCACCCCCAUCAUGAGUGGACAGGGGCUGGCCGGCACCUUCGCCGCUUUCUCCAUGAUCUGCGCACUGACCACUGGAUCGGCCCUGCAGGACAGCGCUUUUGGUUACUUCAUCACAGCCUGUGUUGUCAUUCUGGUGGCCAUCGUGGCCUACAUUGUGCUCCCCAGGAUGGAGUUUUUCCAGUACUACACGGAGAGUAAUGGAUCCACACCCUCUGCUGAUGAGGAGAACAAUAUGGGCUUACUCAAAAAAGAAAGCGCAGCAGAGAAGAAACCGGUGGUGAGUCUGGUGGAGGACGAGGGUAAACCCACCGUGUCUGUGGUAAACAUCUUCAAACAGAUCUGGGUGAUGGCUCUGUCCGUGUGCUUCAUCUUCACCGUCACCAUCGGAACAUUCCCGGCCGUAACGGUGGAGGUCAAGUCGACGAUAGCGAAUGGGGGCACCUGGGAUGGUUACUUCAUCCCCGUGUCAUGUUUCCUCCUCUUCAACUUGAUGGACUGGGCCGGCAGGAGUCUGACGGCCGUCUGCAUGUGGCCGGGUAAAGACAGCAUGUGGCUUCCUGUCAUGGUGGGCCUGCGGGUCAUCUUCAUCCCCCUCUUCAUGCUGUGCAACGUGCAGCCUCGUCACUACCUCCCCGUGCUGUUUAGCCACGACGCCUUGUACAUCAUCUUCAUGAUCCUCUUCGCCUUCUCCAACGGAUACCUGGCCAGUCUCUGCAUGUGCUUUGGACCCAAGAAGGUGCCACCACAUGAGGCGGAGACGGCGGGGGCCAUCAUGGCCUUCUUCUUGUCCCUCGGCUUGGCGCUGGGCGCCGGAGUCUCAUUUGCUUUCCGGGCCAUGAUCUAAAAUCUCCAGCCCGACCCCCCUCCCCCCUUCAGUCGAUGUAGAUUAGACCUCGCCGCCAUCGAACACGUCUGCCGACAACAGACUGGAAGACUAGAGGACCUCGGUCUUCUCAAGUGUACAGUAGAGACUCGUCUCAUCCAGCCAUCAACAAUAUAAGCUGAAACAUGUUACUGAACAUGUUGUUUUUGUUUUCUUCCAAACUGCAGCAGUGUGUUCGAAGUCGAGACCAUCGAUAACAGGUUGUUUGUCUAUAACGAUUUGAAGGGUUCAGACAAAUCCAAACCAAAUGUGUAGAGACGUCAGUUGUGGACGACGGCAGCGAUUGUACCCAGAUAUCACAAAUCAUGAGCCCAGGCAGAGUUAAUGAAGUAGUGUCCGAGAGCCUCGUUCGUUGCAUAUUCUUGAGGCUGUUGGGAUUCUGGCGUCCGACUCGUCUCCAUAAACGUGUAAAUUUAAACGCAUCGGUUUGUAAACUGAUCCUCAACGUGACAAAAAUGUUUUUAAUGUCUUUUGCAGCUUUUUCUUUUUUACUUUUGAUCAAGCCAAAUACAUACGUGAAGACAACAUGGGAAAAUGAUGAACUUUUGAAGGGAGGUCACGACCCAUCAAACUGCUAGUGUAUGUGUGUGUGUGUGUGUGAGAGAGAGAGAGAGUGUGUGAGAGAACCACUUUGUUUGUAAACCUGCUCAUAAUGAAUCUAAAUUCUUAAAAGAAUGUAAGGACAGCCUGAAUCCUAAAGACGAGGUUUUAAUCAAUAAUCUGGGCCACUAACGGCUGAAUAUGAAUGGUCUUGGAGAGAGGGGUGUGUCUGUGUGUAGUGACAUUGUACCAGCAUGGGUUUAUUUUGUUUAUCUAAAAGCAGAAGUCACAUUUUCAGCCCACUUGAAGUUUUUAACCAAGUCUUCCUGAUCAAUUUUGCCAUAAUGUUUUAUCGAACUCCGCAAAAAGAAGAAUAUGCAGUCGUCGUGGUGAAAUGUGUCAUUUGUAAAUGACAUUUCUCAUUGAAACACAUUUUCAUGGAAGAUAAGUUUUGUAUCAAUAGAUGUUAGUAUGUUGUUUUUUGUAACUUUACCACUUGGUUCUAGCCGAGAUAAUUUUUGUUCUGAAUGCGAAGGAGAGAAAAGGCCCUCGAGCCUGUCGGUGUUAUAUUUGUGGCCUUUUUGAUGCUCUUCUUGUUCAGUCUGCUUUAGUUGUACACUAGUCAUAAUACCAGCUGUGUACAUCCCGAAUGCCCGUUUGUUUAAAAGCACAGCGUUGGUCUGUUCUUCCGUACUGUGUUUUGGUCGGUAUGGGGGCUCAUGGACCAUUAAAAUGUUCUGUGUGAAAAAAUAAAACUGUAUUUUUAAGAA